AUAAUUAGUUCGAAGUUACCAGGGCAUGCCAUCACCCAUCAGUGUCGGAUUAAUCGUGUUAUUGUGGUGUUGUGGAAUCAUUUUAAAUUAUUUAUUAGACAUUCCCUUCACAAUAUUAUCUUACAAGGAAGAAGUAUUCGUUCAGAAUAAAACAUGAUAAGGUUAUUAUUCCACCUUUUUGGUGCUAUACAAUUCUGUUAUGGAUGUUACUAUGAUCAAGUGCACGUUACACCUCCGAGUACAUCAACAUCGGUAACACCUUUCGGUGGAAAAUUAAAAUAUCUGACACAUUUAGAUGCGAUAAUACAAACAGUAUACUUCACAAUAGCAUUGAUGAAUGAUCUGUUUGGUAACAAUGAGCCAACACCUUCCGAGAAACCCUUGAUAAGACGCAUCAAGGAUAUAAUGUUUAGUGCUUUAGCAUUUCCUGUGGCUAUGUUUGUUGGCAUUACAUUUUGGGGCAUUUACGCCAUUGACAGAGAGUUGAUUCUGCCAAGGAGUUUAGAUCCUUAUUUCCCUACAUGGUUGAACCAUGUAUUGCAUACUAAUAUCAUGGUGUUCAUAUUGAUUGAUUUGAUCACAUCAUUCAGAAUGUACCCACGUAAGAAGAUUGGUUUUUCAAUUCUGUGUACUUUCAUGUUAAGUUACAUGGUGUGGAUUCAUAUCAUAUAUUUCAAAACCGGCAGCUGGGUGUAUCCCAUUUUGAAUGUGCUCAAUUGGCCAGUGAGAAUUAUAUUUUAUGUAAUAUGCCUUGGUUUGGUGUGCAGUCUCUAUAAUGUUGGAGAGCGACUAAAUCGCUAUGUGUGGUAUAAAGAAGUGGAGCAAACUGUUAAAUCUGGAAAGAAAAAGGCUAAAUAAUCUUUAACAGAAUUGUUUUAGACAAAUGCCUAGUUACUUAGUAGCCUUGCUGUUAAUGGAUAAUGGUAGGUUUAUUACAGUAAGCUUUUGCUUAUGUGGGUUUUGGGCUCAAAAUUAGAUUUUAGUAUUUUAAAUUUGUUGGUGUUUGAGCGAUUAAGUGACUACUUUGAUGUAAAGUUCAACUUUUUUAUUAUAAUUGUUUGAUCUACCCUGAAUGUCUCAAAGGUCUUGAACAGUUUAUUAUUGGUUGAUUCCAAGAGUUGAGAAUAUGACAUAUAUACUCAAUACUAUGCUAUUCUGUAAUACUCAUUAGGCGACUUAAAAUUAUAUAGAGGUUUUAUUUUACUUUUAAGUACAUUGUUAUUGUAAAAGAUAUAAACCAAUUCCAAUUUACCAAAGUUGACAUGUUUGGAGCCAAUCAUACAGGCUAGAGUUGGAGCUUAAUUUACUACUGCAAUUAGUAGAGAUCUAAUUGCAUAAAAUAAUCUACAUCUGUGGAGUGUAUGUCAAAAACAAGUUUAGUGAUGAACUUUAAUUCCAUUGGAUUUAAUUGUUUAGGUUUUUUAUUUAAAUAGCAAAUUAAUAUUUUUUUAUCAUCCACAUUCAAGGCACAUGAUAUUAUUGCACAUUACAUAUUAUGUAGUGUUUUUUAAAAGCACUUGAUGUGUUUUAUGUGGUUACUUACUUUUUUAUAGUUUUUUUACAUAAAUAGUAUUUACGUACCAUACUUAGAUAUACUUUGCCAUGUGACAGCUUUUUUGAAGGCACAUCUACUACUUACAGAUUUUAUACCUAUUUCGUCAAGUUGACAUUAUAUUAUGUAUUACAGAGUUUUUGUUUAUAUAACAUGAACAAUGUUUUGUGAUUAAACAAGACCCCAAAGUUAUCUGAAGAGGCAAUGACAUAUAGAUUUCAUAUUAUGACUAUACUGUUCAUAAUCAUAAUUGUAAAAUUACCGUAUUUUCUUACAUAAUCACUCAACUUCAGCCUUCAAAUAAUCUAAACAAAACAUAAUUAAUAAUUACUGAUUUCAUCUAUUGAAUUCAGAUAAGAUUGUUUAGAACACUAUAAUCAAUUGGUACUUUGUUGUAAUGACAACCACAUAAAUGCAUAGUUGGUUGGCAUGCUGGUAAUUAUUUAUACCGAUAAUAAGCUAGAUAAUUAAAAUCGGUUGUGAAGAAGUUUGUUUAAUGGCAAUAAAAAUACUUGUUUAUCAAAUAGAUACAUUAGCAACGUAAGCAGAUAUUGUUUCGAAUUUUAAUUAUUGUAUUUAAUUUUCAAAACUGUCUUAACGUUUUCAUGUAUACAUUAGCCAUUUGGGUUUUAUAUCAAUCAUUACUUUUGUAGAUAUCUUUUGGAAAGAUAUGUCCCACAUUUAUCCAAGUGCAGUAGUUUCAGAAGAUGUAUUCUUAUGUUAUUAUGAAUCAAUUAAGAAUUGAACUAUGUUACGUAAUAUUCACAUAUAAAGUUACUUACUUAUUUCUGUGUCCUUAUACGAUGUACUCCUACAAAGUAUAAUCUUUGAUAAAUACUCAAUAAUUAAUUUUACGUAAUAUCUACCUUUAUAGCUGAAGCUAUUCUUUAUAGACAGCCUGUAAUCAGUCACUUCAGCCGCAGAAUGCCCAUGCCGAUUGACCCUUAUAAUUGCUUGCUAUUCUGAAGUCUAUGUAGACGACGAAGUGUGCCGGACAAAUUUUCUUAGACAAAAAUGUCGCCUAAGAUCGAAGCCUGAAAUGUAUAUCCGUCCUAAGGUUGUGGGUAUAGAUUUAAAAAAAAAUAAUGCACAAAUAUCUUGCAAAAACUAAUAGUAAUAAUAUUAAUACCAACCCUGUAUUAUAUACUGUCCCAGAGCUGGGCAUGGACCUCCUCUACUAUGGAGAGAACCUAGGCCUUAGUCGACCACGCUGGUCUAGUGCGGGUUGGCAGAUUUCAUAAUUCUUAUGGCGAAUUUUUCAGAUAUACAGGUUUCCUCACAAUGAUUCCCUUCAUUGUUAAAGCAAGCGAUAAUUCAGAAAUAUAAAUUUAAAAAAGUCAGAGGUGCGUGCCCUUACUUUGUGAACCUGCGGACCUUCGUUCGCAUGUCCGUUCCACUCCCAACUAGGCUAUCGCUGCUUUCAAAAACUAAUUGCAAUUAGCAUUUUAAAAUACCACCACUAAUAGGUACCAGUAAUUAUUAACACAACCGGCGACUCACGCUAAACAGGAACGUUAAUUUGCCAUAUCAGAAGUCCAUUGUCUUCUGAACACCUAAGUUUCUGACAAGAAUAACUGCAGCACGAUCUGGGACUCAUAACGAAUUGCCCUGGAUAUUGAGAAUGGCAUCAUCUAUAAUUGUUAAAUCGUGCAGUCACGUAAACGCGCUGAGUGGGACAAUAAAUACAGUACAGAAAUGCGUAAUAAAUGUAUUGAAUUGCAUGUAUUUCUCCCACUGUCUGAUCUCUAAUUGGUUGGUAAAUUUUCACAGAAUGCAUGUAUUGUAGGUAAUUUGAUUUUUUACAUAUGAAAAUCGGAUUACCUACUCCGUGCUGGUGAGAUAUUAAUUAUGUAUUAAGUACACUCAGUCACAAAGCUGAACAAUUUCAAAACUUUAAAUGACUUUUUACAUAUAAACUUCAAUCCAAGUAUUAUUUUUUUCUUUUCACUAAUUUAAAGUCAACCCUUGGAAGUUUAUUUUGCUAAAUAAAAACGAUUGUUGAUUUGCAUUCGAAAGGUAUAUGGUGAUGUAAAAUUUUGAUUUUUUUCAGCUACUUUUAUGACUGAUUGUACAUAAUAUAAACCACUUCUACUUAUGAUUUUACUGUAUAUAUUAUACUUAUCACUCAUGUUACGUCACGAUUUGUACCUUGACAAAUUCUUCUAAAUUAUGAACAUUCCAAAGCAAUAUUUUUGUUAAAGUUUUUGUUACUUUUUUAUAAAUUAUUUUUUAAUUUAUUUAUUUAAUGAAAUGUUAUCUAUUAUGGAUGUCACUAUUUCCUUGUCAAGUAUCCGCAUCUUCAUUCAAAUAUUGUAGAAUAUAUAAACAUGUUAGACAGUUAUCGCUGACUGAGUGUUGCAGAUUCUCAAUUUUUUUAUUUGUUAUAAUGUAAUGUAAAAUCUGAUAUCUGGUUAAGUCGAGUGCCUAUUUUGCCUAAAAAUAGAGUACCUUCAUGAAGUGUUCAAAUUUUGCUGGUUCAUAAACUUAUUUAUUAGCUUGUAUCCUAUACCUUAAAAAAGCAAUAAAUUUUAUAAUGAAAUGUGUAA